AUGUUUAACUUGUUCUACAACAGAGUUUACAUUUGGUGUACAAUCAUCGUUUUGUUCAAUUUACUAUUGAAUGGAAUUUUUGGACAAGUAGAAGAAAAUGAAAGCUCUAGUACUGAACACACAGAUGAAAUCAGUUCCACAAGCUCUAGUACUGAUACAACAGUUAUUGUUAGUACAACAACCAAUGAACCAGAUGAGGAAAUUUCAGACUCUACAACAGUUAGUAGUACUUAUACCUCAACUCCUAGUCAGUCAAGUACUCCCGCAAAUGAUGCGACAAAUUCAAAAUUUAUACGAACAUUCCAUUUGAUAGUUGGGUUACCACCUGUUCUCUACAAUAAAUAUUGA